AUGGUACAUUACAAGGAAAAAAACAAAUUCGAAGCAGCAGCAAAAUACGGCGAUGAUCGAGUUAAGAUAUGGCGUCGUGCAUAUGACAUUCCACCACCACAACUGGAAGAUUUCAGUGAACACAAUCCACGAAACGAUUCUAAAUAUCACUAUUUAGAUAAACGCGUAUUAUCGUUAACUGGAUGUUUGAAAGAUACGGUAGAACGCGCAUUACCCUAUUGUCAUAAUAGUAUUAUUCCAUCAAUUCGCUCAGGUCAAAAUGUACUUAUUUGUGCUCAUGGUAAUUUCCUUCGUACACUGAUUAAAUACCUCGAUAAGGUACCAGAUGAAGAAAUCGUUGAACUGAAUUUACCAACAGGGAAAAGCAAAGAAAUAACAAUGAAUGAACAAAUGUUCGCAUUGCGUACACCUCAGAUUGAUGCGAAUCAGCUCGAUGAAGAUUUUCAUUCGUACAAUUGGGAAAUCUUCUCAUCGCUAUUCCGUCAUUCCUAUUCGCAUUUAAUUCAUUCAUUCAAACACGAAUUUCAAUUAUUUCUUCGUCUACUAACAUCGUACCAUACACUUCUAUCUUCGAAAUCAUCAGCGACAAUUGGUCAACAACUUUUACAAAUCAAAUACUCUCCAUCAUUACAAACGCGUCGACAAAAAGUUCUUUACUUAUCAACAUUCGCUUUUACUUAUCUUUACGAAAAAUUCUUAGUUGACUAUCGUCGCUUAUUACCAUUUCAAUUCAUCUAUAAACUAUUUCUAUUUUUUAAUUUCCUUCUGUUUCUCCGUCAAGGUACAUACAUCAAUUUAUUCGAACGCUUUGUUCAACUAAAAACCGUCCAUGAUCAUCCUCCAUCACUUCGCGUGCUCGAUUAUACUUACAUGAAACGUGAAUUGAUCUGGCAUACACUAAAUGAAACUUUGGGAACAAUCAUACCAUUCAUUAGUUCGUUGAAAGCACGAACAUUCAUGAGAAAGCAUCUUUCCGGAACAAUCAUGAGACAACUUGAACAAACAAAUAUCUGUUCCGUAUGUGAUCAAUCGAUUGUGAUGCCACACGAAUCCAUGGGAGAAUGUAAACAUUAUUUUUGUUAUGUAUGUGCUUAUAGUCUAAUUCAACAGUCUUGUCCAAUUUGUUUUAAAGAGAUUCCGAAUAUCAAACCGAAAGAAUUUUCUGUCGGAUAA